AGUGAUCAAUGAUCAUUGAUACAGUACGAGAAUAUGCAACAAGUGGAUACGCACCUUAAGACGAUAAUAAUAGUUCCGUCAUAAAACAUUUGAAUUCCUGGUAUGGGUUGGUCAUCAGGAGUAUACUUAAGGACCAAUAAAAUAAAUGUCGGUAUUAGCGACGAUAUCAUGAUAUUGGCAGCGCUAUUAUUCAUCAUGAAUUGUCGGACGCACGUGAAACUUAAUGACAUUAUCGGAAUAAUCACGUAAUGUCGACGUGACGUUGACGUGAUACCGACGACCUUGAAAAUAUACCGAUAUCGGUGCAUAAUGUAAGUGCGCGUUUGUCUCAACCCGCCAUAUAUGAAUCAUAUAUCAAAAAUAUAUAUUGAUCUACGUGUACAUAUGUAAUAAUCUUCGAGCGUGUAUAUAAUUAACAACAAAUUAUAACUAUUUUUAUUUCUAUCAAUAGAAAGGAAUUGUAUAAAAAAUCCAGUAGUUCUAAGUUUUAUUACAAUGAUAAAAACAUUUGUAUUUUUUGAUAUUGAAACAACAGGUCUUAUUGAGGGCAAUAAAAUGCCUAGAAUUACAGAAUUUUCAUUUGUAGCUGUAACUCGAGACAAUAUAUGUCUCGAUAAAAAUAAAAUUCCAAGAGUUUUACAAACUCUUACUGUACCAGUUAAUCCUAAUAAACCUAUACCUCAAUAUGUAGAGAUUUUAACAAAAUUAAAUAAUGAGUCUUUACAAAAUGUAUCUUCAUUUGAUCAUAAAAUUUAUAAUAUGAUCAAUAGUUUUCUUGAUACAUUAAUGAAACCAAUAUGUUUCGUGGCUCAUAAUGGAAAUAAAUUUGAUUAUCCAAUUUUUUUGUGGGAAUUAAAAUGUCUUGAUAAGGAUUUAGCAGAAGAUAUUCUAUGUGCAGAUACAUUACUCUUAUUCAAAGAUUAUUUUACGAAUGUUAAUUAUAUGCAAGAUACUGAAAUCUUGAAUAUGGAAAAACACGUGGAAAAAGUUAAUAUACUCCAAAAACCGAACAAUUUUAAAUUAAUAACGAUAUAUGAACAUUUAUUAAAAACCCCAGCAAAAAACAAUCAUGUAGCACAAGAUGAUUGUAUUAAUAUGCUACAUUGUGCUAAUCAUAUUGCAAAAUACUUUAUAGAAUGGUGCGAUAAAAAUGCAUUACCAUUAUGUAAAAUGAAAUGAAAAUAAUGAGAAGUAUUUUAAAGAAUUAUAAUUUUAUAAUAUCAAUAUUAUAUUAUUAUUAUUAUUACAUAGAUAAACAUUAUUAUGUAAAUAUAUAUUUUAUUAAUA